GUACUUGACAGUACUAUGAAUGUUGACUUGACCAGUAGAUAAGAUAGUAAAAUAGUAAACAUAACAGAAUGUCAAUGAGUCUCAUAUUUUAGCCUUGCACUUUUAAAUAGAAUGACGGGACAGUGCUAGAUCAUAAUCCUAUGUUAUAUAUGUCUCUGGCAAAAUGGCAUUGAGAGGGACAUUAUUUGUGUUUGUUGUCUUUGUUAGCCUGUGUGUAAUAAUUGUGAAUGCUGAUAACAAGAACAAGAAUGAAGGACAUCCACAUAAACAACAGCAACUGAAAGAUGAUGAGAAAAGAGAAAAUGAAUUAAAAGCUGCAGAAGAAAAAAGGGCAAUUGAACAAAAGAUAGUAGAAGAAAAAAGGCAAAAUGAAUUAAAAGCUGCAGAAGAAAAAAGGCAAAUUGAACAAAAGGCUGCAGCGGAAAAAAAGAAACAAGAACACCAAAAAGUUGUAGCUGAAUUAGAAAAACUUCAAAGAAAACUAAAACUCGAGGAAGAUGCUAAAACUCUACCAAAUAUUGUAAUUUUUCUUGCAGAUGACCUUGGCUAUGCAGACAUAGGAGCUUUUGGAAAUGAUACCCUAAGGACCCCACAUGUUGAUAAUCUGGCAAGGCAGGGUGCUAAAUUGACACACCAUUUGGCAGCAGCUGCCAUAUGUACUCCCAGUAGGGCAGCUCUGUUGACAGGCAGAUACCCUGUACGAUCAGGUAUGGCAAGCCAUGACGUGUUGACUGCUUUUGGAUUUGUCGCAGCAAAGGCAGGUCUUCCACCCAAUGAAACAACUUUUGCAGAGUUGUUAAAACUGAAGGGCUAUAAGAAUGCAUUAAUAGGCAAAUGGCACCAGGGAAUCGACUGUGGCACAUUUGGUGACAACUGCCACAACCCAUUAAACCAGGGGUUUGACUAUUUCUUUGGAGUACCCCUUUCAAAUGCUAGGGAUUUUGGACAUGACGGUGACACUGUUGUAUUCCUUAUAAGACCUACAUUCAAGCGUAACUUUGCAUUAACCAUCAUCUUAGGGAUCUUGACUGCCUACAUCCUACUGAAAUACAAGAUCAUUGGAAUGUUCCAGUUCUUUCUUCUCUGCUUGCUGGUGAUAGCUUUGCCUAGCUGGGCAUACUGGUUCCUUCAAAACAUCAAGCUGUGGAGCAGUGUGCUCAUGAGAAACUAUGAGUAUGUAGAACAGCCAAUUGACUUCACUGAUAUGACCAAGAGACUGGUUAAUGAGGGGAAUAUGUUCAUCAGAGAAAGAGACCAAGAUAAAAAGCCAUUCAUGCUGUUUAUGUCAUGGCUGCAGGUUCACACUUUCCUGCAUACUGGAGAUGAGUUUAAAGGAGUCAGCAAACAUGGGGAGUAUGGAGACAAUGUCGAGGAGAUGGACUGGGGAAUAGGAGCAAUCAUGCAGACAUUAGAGAAGUAUGGUAUGACUGAUAACACAAUAGUCUACUUCUCCUCAGACAAUGGAGGACAUCUAGAGGAGAAAGACCUGAACGGCAGACAAGCUGGAGGCUGGAACAAACCAUUUAGGGGUGGCAAAUCUCAAGGUGGCUAUGAUGGAGGAAUACGAAUGCCUACGACUUUAACGUGGCCAAAAAGAAUAAAAGCAGGAACAGUCAUUAGUGAGCCCACAUCUCAAAUGGACAUCUUACCAACUCUAGCAAACAUUGCAGGGGUAGAAGUACCACGAGAUCGACUAAUUGAUGGUAAAGAUUUGAUGCCAUUGAUAGAUGGCAAGCAAGUAAUUUCGUCACAUGAAUUUAUGUUCCACUACUGUGGAGUUUGGCUGCAUGCUGUAAGAUGGCGCCCUCAAUCAGGAAACGCCAUCUAUAAAGUACAUUAUGGGACACCAAAGUGGCUUCCUGGGAAAGAAGAAUGUGAGUGGGCUUGCUCCUGUAAAUACCACACCAUAUGGCAUGACACCCCAUUAUUAUACAACAUAGCAGAUGAUUUGGGUGAACUUCAUGAAUUAGACACAUCAACACCAGAAAACCAGAAAGUAUUAGAAAUAGUUGCCCAAGCUAAACAAGAGCACGAGGACAGUGUGCGAUCUAGACCAGUACCCAGACAAUUCGAAUUCAUGACAGCAUUUUGGAAUCACCAGCUUCAGCCAUGUGGAAACUACCCAUACUGCAGCUGUAGAGACCAUGGAUCUUGUAAAAUGGAACCGCUAACCUUUUUAAAGGCAAUAACUCUACCAGUAACAAGAAAAUUCCCAAAUAUUUUUGGAUAUUGAUGAAUAUUUGAACAUUUUUAACAGCUUCUAUAUUCAAAAGAGAUUGUCUUGCUUGUAUCACUUUCUUGGGAGAUUUUACAAGUAAAACCCUCUUUUUCGCCAUCUAUUGACAUUUUAAGGCCACUCGCACUACCAACAAACUUUGAUAAAUGCAAAAAAGAAAAUAUAAAAGCAUUGCACCUCUUUUAUUUUCUAAAAGGCAAUUUAUACAAUAAUUAUAUUUAGUUCUAAUAUUUUAUUAAACAUGUCAGAAUCUACAUAAAUAUACAUUAUAUUUUGUUGUAAAUUCCAAAAAUGCCACAUAUCAUAUGCUUUGUACAGAGUCCUAAUUAAAUGCAUCAUUGUUACAAAGUUGUAAAUAACUAGAAUCAAAUAACCCAUAGAGAAUUAAUCAAUACAAUAUAUAUACAUACAUAUGUAAAACAUAAAAGUACAAUGAGACCAUCAACAAAGUUCUCAGUCAUAUUUUUACAAUAACUAUUUCUAAAGAUGUGCCUGAUAUUGAAAAAUUGAAAACUAAUUUUGGAUGAAAAUCAAAUGUACAAUCAAAUAAAAACAAUUCCCAGAAAAAAUUGGCAAGCAAAACAUGUUGUGUAUUCAAACCUAUAAUCUGUCUCUUUUUGUGAAAUAAUUUCUGAAUUCAAAAAGAAUAUCCCAGUAUUUUCAGACUAAGAGCAUUAAAACCUACUAAAAUAUUAACUGCAUAUUCCAGUUAGUGGACUCAAGUUUGAUUUUCCAUGUGCCGAUAUUUCAUACAGAGCGUAUGUGUAGUCAUUAUUGAAUUUGAAAGCUUUUACAUAAUAAAAACAACAAAAAUAGAAACUUUGAAAAUCAAAUUUUUUUUGAAAAUGUGAUUUCUAGUUCGGGGAGAUUCCCCAUAGACCCCAUGUUACAAAAUCCCAAAAAGUGAAAUAUCUUUUCUUGUAUUGGACAGAUAACAUUUUCUCUUACUGAAGAAAAAGGGUGAUAUGAAAAUUGAACCACUAAAGUAGAUGUAAUUUAAGUUGACCAUUUCUCUUUACAACAAUAUUCCUUGAAAAUCUUUCUCCUUAAUCAAUACUUUUAUGUGACUAAUGUAAUCAUGUAAUGAUACAAUAUGUCAAUAAAAGUUAUAUAUAUAG